UGGAGCUGCCGGAAGCCGCGGGCGACUCUCCCCGCGAGCAGCGUGACCGGCUCGGGCUCCCGUGCAAGGGGGGGAGGCUGAGGUAGCGCAGGGCCUGCGGGACGAGGGCGCGCGAGUGACCGAAGCCAGCUUUGCAUCACCGAAGCCGGAACCUGGGCUCCACAGCAGAAUGGCAGACAUGCUGGGACUGAUGGAGAGACUGGAAUGCGCGGUCAGCCGGCUGGAGCAGCUGUCUGCAGGCUCACGUGGGCCUCCUGGAGACUGUGGAGAAGUUAAUGGUGUCAAUGGAGGCGUGGCACCGUCUGUGGACGCCUUUGACAAGCUGGUGAACAGUAUGGUGGCUGAGUUCUUAAGGAACAGCAGAGUCCUUGCUGGGGAUGUAGAGACGCAUGCGGAAAUGGUGCACAGUGCUUUCCAGGCCCAGCGGGCUUUCCUUCUCAUGGCCUCUCAGUACCAACAACCCCAGGAGAAUGAGGUGGCUGUCCUUCUGAAACCCAUAUCGGAGAAGAUUCAAGAAAUCCAGACUUUCCGAGAGAGAAACCGAGGGAGCAGCAUGUUCAACCACCUCUCCGCCGUCAGCGAGAGCAUACCCGCCCUGGGGUGGAUAGCCGUGUCCCCCAAACCUGGCCCUUAUGUCAAGGAGAUGAACGAUGCUGCCACCUUUUACACUAACAGGGUUCUGAAGGACUACAAGCACAGUGAUCUUCGCCACGUGGAUUGGGUGAAAUCCUACCUCAACAUCUGGAGCGAGCUUCAGGCCUACAUCAAAGAGCACCACACCACAGGCCUCACGUGGAGCAAGACAGGUCCUGUAGCAUCCACAGCAUCCGUGUUUUCCGUCCUCUCCUCUGGGCCUGGUCUCCCACCACCACCGCCACCACCGCCUCCUCCUGGGCCACCUCCACUCUUUGAGAAUGAGGGUAAAAGUGAGGAGUCUUCUCCUUCCCGCUCAGCUUUAUUCGCCCAGCUUAACCAGGGAGAAGCCAUCACAAAAGGGCUCCGGCAUGUCACAGACGACCAGAAGACACACAAGAACCCCAGCCUGAGGGCUCAAGGACAAACUCGAUCUCCAACCAAAACCCACACACCAAGCCCUACAUCUCCAAAAUCGAAUUCUCCCCAGAAGCACGCUCCGGUGUUCGAGCUGGAAGGGAAGAAAUGGAGAGUGGAAUACCAAGAGGACAAGAAUGACCUUGUCAUCUCCGAGACCGAGCUGAAACAAGUGGCUUAUAUUUUCAAAUGUGAAAAAUCCACUCUCCAGAUAAAGGGGAAAAUAAAUUCCAUCACUGUUGAUAAUUGCAAGAAGUUUGGUCUGGUGUUUGAUAAUGUCGUGGGCAUCGUGGAAGUGAUCAACUCCAAGGACAUUCAGAUCCAGGUAAUGGGGAGAGUGCCAACAAUUUCCAUUAAUAAGACAGAAGGGUGCCACCUGUACCUCAGUGAAGAUGCGCUAGACUGUGAGAUCGUGAGUGCCAAGUCAUCUGAGAUGAAUGUCCUGAUCCCUCAGGGUGAUGAUUAUAGAGAAUUUCCAGUUCCUGAGCAGUUCAAGACCGUAUGGGAUGGAUCCAAACUGGUUACCGAACCUGCAGAAAUCAUGGCCUAACCUGCAGGAGCUGUCCUUCCCUGAGUCUCCUCUAGCAAACAAGCAGAAGCAAGCAGCUGCUAGGAACUAGACGUCACCCUUGCCCCGGCCUCUAUGUCAGCCUCCCGCCGUUCCGUGCUGUGGAAGCGGUGUCCUACCUGGCUUGCUUUUGUGGGCAUUCUGAAAUAUUUAGCAUUGGAUCAUGAAUUGUGUGUGAUUUUUAAUUCCACAUGAGCGCACCAGAGUUAAAGGAGAAGGAAUUCUGUUCCCGUCGUAUCCUGAACACCGUAACUGACAAGUAAGAUCCCUGCUCGUGUCUUCGCUUAGGUUUAGCUGCUAGUUGAAACAUGAAGCCUUAGAGAAUCGAUGUGUGUUUUCACCUUCUAGACAAGCUUAACAUGAUAAAAUAGUCUCGUGCCCUGAAAAGUAUGACUCUAUUUUUCAUUUUUACACGUUCACCUUUAUCAGUGUGACUGUCCUGUCAGCAUGAAUAAAUACUUUAGUCCAUGUUUUUAUACACACAUGUACACACACGCAGGAAAUUCCAAGGACCAAACUCGGUUUCUUGGUCCUGGGAAAGACAAUAUACCCUUUGCAAUUACAGAAAAACAAAAGAAAUUCUAACUUUUCACCUUAAAUAUUUCCCGCCGCAGCCCCUGAAAACUCUUAUUUGUCUGCCCGUCCUGAAGCCAGAGGGCGGGAGGGGACGCGGUCCUCAUUGCGCUUUUUAACUGCUUGCAGCUCUGCUCCGAGAAUGGCUCAGCCUUUGCUUUCCAGUUUCCAAGUCGCUCGUGUUAGCCAGUGCCCCAUACAGUCUCUAAUGCUUGUUUGAGACCAGCUCCUUUUCCAUCCACGAGGCUUGCCAGGCUGAACGCCAGAGAGCCAGGCGAUUGCUUCUUGCACUGUCGUUGUUUGGCUCCGCUCCGCUUCUUUAGUCUUGGUAGUCUGUGCUUUUUCAAGUGAGCAGUGACGCUUCUCCGCAUCUUCUCUGCACGGCCCUGGGAACGCUGCAGUUUCUUGGGUCAUAUUGUAGCAUAACGCUUUCGGAACCAGUAGGAGCGCCUAGAUUGUGCCGAUGAAGGCCUCUGCGUUAUCAUUUUCAUUUUUUGAAUAGCUUCUAUAUCCACAUAGUAUUCAGAUCACUGAUGUUCUUGUAUCAAAGUUUUGCUAUAAAAGUUCUGUCCUUACGAAUAAUGUUGUGGCUUUAGUAAAUAUCAUUUUUGAACAGUAAACUUAAACUAAGUAAAAACUAAUUGUUUAAAUACUGAGAUGAA